GUGGAGGAACGGCGCAUGCGCAUUCGUCACCUCUCAGCACUUAGAAUUUGCGUUCGCUCGACCGGCCUCAUGUAAUCGCACAGCGCACUUUUACUAACGUCGGUAAUACGUAGGCAAAAUGAGUGUCGAAAAUCCCGCUAGCGACAAUGAUUGUGACUCAGGAAAGGUAAAUGGCAAUAGAAAUGAACACGUGAACGGUGUUCACAACGGAUACAGUAGCUCUGACAAGCAUAAGUCUAGCCACAAGUCUUCUAGCAAAGAUAAGCACCGCGACAAAGAUCGGAACCACAAGAGCUCAUCGUCCAAACAUAGCAGCAGCUCACACAAGUCCUCCAGUAGAGACAAAGACCGCAGCGAAAAGGAUAAAGAACGCGGAGACCGGGAUAAGGAUAAAGAUCGAGAGAAAGACAAGCAUCGCAGUGACAGAGACAAGCACAAGGACAAGGAGAGGAGUGACCGUGACCGAGACAAACACAAGAGCAGCAAUGAUGAAAAGAAAUCAUCCUCAUCAUCAUCAAAGGACAAAGACAGAGACCACAAGAGCUCAUCUAAAGACCACAAGUCGAGGGACAAGGAAAGAGAACGUGAAAAGGACCGCCAUAAAAGUGAUAAACAUCGGAGUGACAAGGACAAACACUCAAGUUCUAAAGACAAACACAGUAGCUCCAGUAAAAGCAAAGAAAAAAGCAACAGUGAUAAACAUGAUAAAAUUAAAUUUGAAUCUGAUUCCCAAGACUCUCCCAAGGAUGAACCAAUGCAGAUACACGAAGUUGAUGUCAAACAAGAAAUGAAUGAUGAAAGCAAUGACUUUGGAGGACUCAAUACAACUGCUUCGUCUUGUGAUUAUUCUUUAUCUCAGUUCAAGGAUGAACCUCUCACAGAGCUGCCACCUGAAGAUGAUAGUGGAGAAGAUUCACCAUCGUCUGAGCGUGUCGCAGUCAAACGACGGGCACCUAGUGAGAGUGAAGAAGACAUUCCAUUACUCCAACGUAAAAAAUCUAAGAAGAAAAUUAAAAAAGAACCCAAUUACGACGACGAUAUGGAUGAAGAUGAAGAUGAAAAACCAAAAAAGAAAAAGAGUGUUAAAGCAAACAAAACAAAACCAACAAAAGUAAAAGCAGAGCCAGUUGAUAACGCCAGUCCAAACAAACGCAAGAAGAAACAAGAUGAUGAACAGGAAGUUUGGAAGUGGUGGGAGGAAGAAAAAAAGGAUGAUGGAACAAAAUGGAAGUUUUUGGAACAUAAAGGACCUGUGUUUGCGCCCGAUUAUGAACCGCUGCCCGAAAAUGUUAAAUUUUACUAUGAUGGUAAAGAGAUGAGACUAUCUCAAGAUGCUGAAGAGGUUGCUGGAUUUUAUGCUCGAAUGUUAGAUCAUGAUUAUACGACCAAAUCCACAUUCAACAAUAAUUUCUUCACUGAUUGGCGCAAAGUGAUGACGCAUGAUGAAACCAAAAUAAUUAAGGAUCUGUCAAAAUGCAAUUUUAAGGAAAUGCAAGCUUAUUUCUUAAGUGUUUCAGAAAAGAACAGAAAUCGAACAAAGGAAGAAAAGGCAUUACUUAAGGCUAAGAAUGAAGAGAUUCAAAAGGAAUAUGGCUUUUGUACAAUUGAUGGGCAUAAAGAAAAAAUUGGCAACUUCAGAAUAGAACCCCCGGGUCUAUUCAGAGGGCGUGGAGAACAUCCUAAAAUGGGAAUGUUGAAAAGACGUGUUAUGCCUGAAGAUGUCCUCAUUAACUGUUCUAAAGAUAGCAAAUGUCCUAAACCACCCCCAGGUCACAAGUGGAAAGAAGUAAGACAUGACAACACUGUUACAUGGUUAGCUUCAUGGACUGAAAAUGUUCAAGGACAAGCUAAGUAUGUCAUGUUGAAUCCUAGUUCUAAAUUAAAGGGAGAAAAAGAUAUGCAAAAGUAUGAAACAGCUAGAAAACUUCACAAAUGUAUUGAUAAUAUCAGAAAGACUUAUAAAGAAGAUUGGAAGGCAAAAGAAAUGCGUGUUCGUCAGCGUGCUGUUGCUUUAUAUUUUAUUGAUAAACUUGCCUUGAGAGCUGGUAAUGAAAAAGAUGAUGAUCAAGCAGAUACUGUUGGUUGUUGCUCUCUGCGUGUUGAGCAUAUACAAUUACACAAAGAAAAAGAUGGAAAAGAAUAUGUUGUUGUAUUUGAUUUCCUUGGUAAAGAUUCUAUCCGAUACUACAAUGAGGUGCCAGUUGAAAAGCGGGUAUUCAAGAAUCUCGAAUUAUUUAUGGAAAAUAAGAAAGACAGUGAUGAUCUCUUUGACAGACUUAACACUCAAACUCUAAAUGAACAUUUAAAAGAUCUAAUGCCUGGGUUAACUGCUAAAGUCUUCCGUACAUACAAUGCUUCUAUUACUUUGCAAAGACAAUUGGAUGAACUUACUGACCCUGAUGCAUCUAUACCAGAAAAGAUAUUGGCCUACAACCGUGCAAACCGUGCAGUUGCUGUUCUAUGUAACCAUCAGCGUGCUGUUCCAAAAGGUCAUUCAAAGUCAAUGGAAGCUUUGAAAGAAAAAAUACAGACUAAACGUGAUCAAGUUGAUGAAGCAGAGGAAGACUUAAGACAAGCAACUAAAGCCGCAAAACGGGGAUCUGUUAAAGAAAAAUUAGCAUGUGAUAAGAAAAAGAAAGCACUUGAACGUCUUAGAGACCAGUUGAAAAAACUGGAACUUCAGGAAACUGAUCGUGAUGAAAACAAAACCAUUGCCUUGGGCACUUCAAAAUUGAACUAUCUUGAUCCUCGUAUCUCAGUUGCUUGGUGUAAAAAGCAUGAUGUUCCAAUAGAAAAAAUCUACAACAAAACUCAACGCGACAAAUUCCGUUGGGCGAUCGACAUGGCCGGUCCGGAGUAUGUCUUCUAAGGUCAAUAUUAGCAUUAGCUAUUAUGUAUUUUAUAUAUAACUUUCGUUAAUUGUGAAAUGUGAAAAUGUUCCACUUCAUAUGUGUUGUUCACAUGGAAUUUACUUUACGAAUGUUUGACGUAAAAAUUUUAUUCAGUGAUGUAGUAUUCAAAAAUUGCUUUUGGACCCAUACGGAAUUGUGUUCCUCCCAAGAUUAGGAUCCAAAUUAGAAGUCUGAGUCUAAUUUAUUUUAUUUAGUUACAAUGUUCUCUUUAGCAUAAUUAGUUGUAGGUUAAGUCUUAGUGUUAUGGAGUUUUAAGAUUUUUCUUGUAUAGAGUUGCAAACAUUUCUAUUGUCUCUAUUUUUUUAAUAGUCUAAAUUGCCGACAUCAAAUACUUUAUCAACAAUGCACUGUUAAUGUGAAUAUUGCAUAAACAAGUUGUCAAAGGUAGCAAUAUUCAUAGAAUGCUUAUGAAAGUUAAUUACUUAAUAUAAUGUUUAUUGUGAAAUGUUGCCUAUUCAUUAAUUACCAAGAAUCAUAAAGUCUGGUGCAAUAAAAGUUCAAGUGAUUUGUAUAUAUAAUAGUAAAAGUUGUAGGUUUACAUUGUCGACCGUAAAUCUCCAGCCUAUAAUAAUAAGUUUUUACUAUAAUCAAUAGAUACUUUCAUAAAUGCAAGUGUUUACAAUCUUGAGAACCUGGAAGAAUAUACAGCCGCAUCAAAUGUUAUGUAAAUUGUGCACAAUGUGCAGUAGUAAAUGUUGUAAAGUAAGAAAUAAUGUUAUUUUAUUUUUAUAAAAUUAGGAUCGAAAAUCGUGGCAAGCGCAGUUCAUGUUACGAAAGGUACAAUGUUCUAGAUAAAUUUGUAAUAAUACAUACAUUUAUGUGUGCGUGCGUCUUGUAUAUAGUAAAUUUUUACCAUGUCAUACAAUUGUGAAAUGAGAUUAUCCCAAAUAAAUAAAACAUUGACACUAGGA